GCCCCCGCCCGAGCAUCUUUGACACGUGCAGGUGGCCAAGUUGGCAGAUUUGCGGACGGAGUCUAACGUGGGGUGGGAAGAAGAAUGGAUUGCGAGUGCACCCGGUAGUGGAAAAACGUGCAAAUCUUCCCGUCGUCGGCGAUGACACCCGCCCUGAGAGCGUAGGGCCGGUUAGAUAGCGUUCUAUUUCCCAUUUUUCCGACGUCCUACAACUUUCCUCGGUGCAUCCAGAGAAGAAUAAGAAAAAAACGCUCUAUCGACGACCGCAGCAUCAUAACGAUCCAUCAUCAAUUACCUCCUUCUUCGGCAUAAAACAACAUUCCCGUGUUCUGCGCGCUCUGCAGAAUUUCAGCUCGACGUUCUUUGUCAGCUCUUGCACCGACACCCGAACACAAACAUACACACCUGCCGAGCUUGGAAGGUGUGCAGCUGCGGCCAGAUUCUGGCGCUCAUGAUCGAUUUAUCUGGCGCUGUGCAAUAAAGCGUAAAUUAUUAGCCAUCAAGCAACACUGCUUACUGAGCUAAACAUAAUUAUACCAACCGACAUCACUGAUGAAGUGCCCAUAAACGGCAAGUAAGAAAUCAAUCAGCGGUGGUAAAUUACUGCAAACAGCAACGGCAAACUUAACGUGGGUGGUUCGGUAGUUUUUCCUCCCAAAACGUAAGGUUCCAACCUUCGGGGAAUGUGUGAUACUCCUCGUUAGCUCGUUGUUUAUCGUUGUGUCAGGAAAGAAGGUGGAAGGCUGUGGAAAUUCGUGCGAGCAACGAACGUGACCUAUUUCGCUGGCGCGUUUCUAGUGUGCACUGCGUGGAAAAAGCGUGUACGCGAUAGCGGAUCGCUCCCAAUCGCGGCAGGCUGUGGCAGGGACACGGAAAAGGAAGCUUAGAAAAGCAAGCCAAAAUCAACAGCCCUGCUGCUUCACUGCGAAAGCUAUUCAACAAUAACAACAACGCUUCACGAACCCACGGUGGCCGUAUAGUGUGUGUGUGGCUCGAUGUGGAAGUGAAGUCUGCAUCCCUGUUUUUCCUCCACUUCCGUCGUCGUAGCCGCAAGGAUUCAAGAGCUCCCCACUCGUGGAAAGCUAGAGAGCGAGCUUACCGUACCUGCGUGGAGAGAACGAGCGGUGCUAAGAAACAUAUCCUCGAGCAUCAACGCAGCGCGAACUAACGACGAACACAAAUCAAACACACGCGAGCAAAGGACGAUCCGCGUGCGAAAAUGUCGGCAAACGAUGCUAACUUUAUGCUGUUUCCAAACAUCAACGACUGUUCGUACGUUUCCUGCUACUGCGAGGAAAACGUGUGGAAACUGUGCGAGCAGGUCAAGAAAACACACCCUUCCGAGCUGCCGAAAUGUUACGCCGUCUUCGUAUCGAACGAGCGGCGCACGGUGCCCCUGUGGCGGCAGAAGGCCGGCCGUGGCGACGAGAAGCUUGUGAUAUGGGACUACCACGUGUUUUUCAUGCACAAUCCGUCACCGAACCGGUGUCUGGUGUUCGAUCUAGACACGACCCUGCCGUUCCCGACCUACUUCCACAAAUACGUUACCGAAACGUUUCGGUCGGAUUAUGCCUUAACGCCGGAGCACCACAGGUUCUUCCGGGUGAUACCAGCGGAGAAGUAUCUGGCAGAGUUUUCGUCCGAUCGAAGGCAUAUGCGUAGACCGGACGGGUCCUGGAUCAAGCCGCCACCGUCCUACUCGCCCAUCCAGACCGCCGCAAGCACGCACAGCCUGGAUGAUUUCAUCUGCAUGAAACCGGGCCGCGGGCCGGGCGCGGUCUACGAUCUGUUGCACUUUGUUCAGCAGUUCUACAAGCCACCGGAUCGGAACAUCGGCACCAAAACGCAGAAUUAAAAACCCAUUAACGGACGCGCUGUAGUUCGGCACGGUGGGCGAAUGUCUCACGCCGUUGAUGGUGAUAGCUAGCGAGAACGAAUUGGUAGAGCUCGCGCGAACGCUCGCGAGGACAAAGAGAACGAGGAUUCGAAAUGCUGGCUAGGCGUUGGUUUGGCCGGCUGUGUCGGGGCGUAUUUGCAGCAGGCAAGCGAGAAUAGGACGCUACCAUUUAUUGGAACACAACACCAGAGUACGCACCGUGCCAUCGUUCGAGCGACUAAAGGUGGGUAGGUAUCGUUGGCCGAGCACCAUACCGGGCUGUUUUGCAUAUUUUUAUGCUUACGCCAAGGCUUCAUACUGCAAACGGCGGGAGAGCAUUGGAAGGCAAGGGCAAAAACGCAAGAUUACGACGCCUCGUGAAUAGGUUAAGACAAUUGUCAGUACUGCGUAAGAGGUAAAGCGUAUUUAAGUGUUAUUAAAAUGUAAAAUCUUAUAUAGUGCUUCUUAAUUGUUAGCAUAAAACCAACAUUAAACAAUUGAAGGCGCAGUUUUGGAGGCAAUGCACAAACAUGCGCUAACUCAAAUGUAAUAGCAAACUCUAAUCGGUUUGAAAAUGAGACAAACUUUAUCCUUAAUAUGUUGAACGAUGAACACAUGCAGAGUAUAGAUAUUCAAAGAGAAGAAAAAAAAACCAUGAAUAGAUUGAUUGUAAGAAUCAACAAUCUAUACCACGCCAGUCAAAACGGAACAGGCAAACGUAUAGUCCGUUAUCUUAACCCUAGUAAUUUAUACACACAAUAGAACAGAGUGUAAUAGCAAUCGGGCGAUACAGUUGGUCCCACAAAUUGUUAGCUGUUUUGCGCAAGAAAACGCCAUCGACAUGCGUGUAUCGUUAACGAGAUGGAACGGGAACCGCACAACUUUAAAUCUCUUUUAAUGUGCACACACUUACGGCAGUACUUAGCAUAGGCGUAUGGGGCGCCGCAUGUUAUUGCUCUAUUUGUCACCAGAAAUAAUGUUGAAUGGCGCCAUAUGCGAAUGCUUUCAGAUCUGCAUACGCAGCAAAAGAGUAAGAUACUCAAAUUGCACGAAGUAACCGUAACGAGGGGGUUGACGGAAACGAACGAAACAAAGUUAAAACAAUCUCAAUUUUCAUCAAUUGAGCGCUAAAUGGAAAGUUAUACAUGGAAAUAUAUCUUCUACUCUACAAUGUGAUAUUAGUUAACUAAACGAAUAAACCAUUCGACAAACACAAACGCGGGCAAGUAACGGAAAGUUUACAAAACAAAAAAAGGGAAACGCUUUCGUAUCCAGUCUAGCAACGGCCAUAUGACCUUGCGAACCUUAACAAACAUCAACAACAAGUAAGAGAUUCAUUUUGUUUAAUCCUACCCCGAAUUGCCGAUAACAACCAAAUAAUUUAGAUAGUCCUUUCACAAACACCUUCAGGGCUCGUUAAGAUGGCGUAAGAUGAUUUCAUUUUGUGAUCAUUCUCGAUUGAUUUGAAUUGAAUUUGGCAAAUUUUUACAGUACCCUAAUACCUCCCACUAGUACUCACCCG